GGAGAAGAGUCACAAGAUCCUCCAGAUUACAUAAGGCCGCCUGCUCCGAAUCACCUCCGGCUUGGCGGGGCUGGGAGGGGCUUCCUUCCAAGGCUCCUCGGCCUCCCCAGCCCGGCUGCCCAGAGCAGCCAGACCACCCGAGAGGAGGGAAGGCAGCAAGGUCCCAGGGAAGGCAGCCGCCAUGCCAGUCCUCAAGAACCCCUAUCAACUCAAGAUGGCCAGCAGGGGCCCCGGAGAGCGUGGGCGGGGUGGCAGCCGCAGCGGGACGCUGAUCCUAGCCAAGGAGAGUCCGGGGACCAACCCUUUCGAGGAGGACCUGGAGGAGAAGGAGAGGGACUCCUUCCUCGGGGGCCUCUCCCCUGGCCGAGAGAGGUCCCUCCCGGGGGACUUGGAGAGGGGUGUCUUCAGCGGGAGCCCCGAGGACCGCUUCAGGCGCCGGGCCACCCUGGAGAAGCUGGUGGGGCUGAGCCCCUUCCGCCUGGGCAAGGGCCGGAAGAGUGGGGAGAAGCGGUCGCCUGGGGGCGAGCAGGGCUCCGACCGGCGGUCCUUCCUGGAGCGCAUGAUGCUGCCCCUGAUGGAGGGCAACCUGGGCCAGCGGGUGCCAAAGAAGCUGCGUCGCUGCUCAGAGGACUUCAGCCUGAUGCAGCGCUUCAACGCGCGCCGCAAGGAGGGCCUCUACAGCUCGGACGGCGGCCUGGCGGAGGAGAACGGUGGUGGGGAUGCCGCCAAGCGCGGCUCCUUCCUGAAGAUCGGGCUGGGCGGGAAGGUACGCCGGGCGUCCCUGGUGGAGAAGCUCAACCAGACGGAGGGCUCGGAGACGGCCCCAGUGGGCGAGAAGCACGACCCCAAGCCCAAGGAACCGCUCUCAGUCCUGGAGAUCCUCAACCUGAUCCACCGGCGGGAGCUCCGCCUGGCCGACGGGCACAUCAUGGAGCUGGAGGCCGAGUGCGCCCAGGGGGGCAGCGGGGCCAGCGGGAAGGACGGCAGCCGGAAGGCCAAGGACGUGGCCCUGCUCUACGAGGCGCUGCAGGAGGCGCUCUGGGCGGUGCUGGCCGAGGCGCUGGCUGCCAAGAGCGCCUACCCGCCCCUGGAGCAGCUGGUGCAGGUCAUCGAGCAGGAGGAGGAGGCUGACCGCAGCUGGCGCCAGGCCCAGGGAGGCUCUGCGGGAAGCCCGGGGCCCCGGCAGAUGAGGCAGCGGUGGGCCGAGGCAGUGGACCGGCUGGCGGGCCAGAAGCUGUGCCAGUGUGUGGAGGGCCGGGCGGGCACCAUUGCCACCCGGAUGGACCGGCUGGCCAAGUGCACAGUGGAGGACCUGAGCAGCGUCAAGCGCCACCUGCUGCAGGCCUACCCUGAGGAGUACCAGGCCUUUAGUGUCUACCUGGGCAGCUACCACCGGGGCCUGGCCCGCUGCCUGGCCGAAGGGGUCCAGAAGCAGCUGAGCCUCUCCGAGCUCUACUUCGUCUUGGACUGGAACAGCAACAUCUACCAAAGGGAGGUCCUCAGCCGGCCAGAGAUCUCCCCUAUGGUCAAGCCCCAGGAGCUCGGUCCCCUCCUGUCCCCGGAAACACAGCAGAGUCUGGAGGAGGAGUGCAUUGCCGCUGUGAAGGUGGUGAUCGGCAGGGACAUGAGCCAGGAGCUGCAGAAGGAGGAAGAGAGGUGGGCCCAGGAAGACAAGGAGAACAGCUUUCAGUUCGGCUUGUCCAGCAAAGUCAUCUUGGUGCUAAAGGGGCAUGCCGACAAAGCCCCCCAAAUCACGGAGGAGUUUGGAAGAAGGGUGGCUCACUGCUGCCUUGCCAGCCUGGCAGAGUUCUUGCAGAGUUUCCAGAAGAAAGUUGAGAAGUUUCACGAAGGCCAGGUGGUCAGCAACCUCAGCCCAGAGAGCUACGUGGGCCGGACCAUCAUGCUGGUCAACUGCUGCCCCCCCUUCAGGGACUACCUGGAGCACCUGGCCAGGUUUGGUCACCCGGACAGCGAGGCCGUGAAGCACUUGGCAGGAUCGUCCCUUGACCGAGUGACCCGGCUGUGCAAUCGAGUGCUGGCUGACCACCUCUUCCAAAGCCUCAAGCCCUACUUCUACAAGCUGAUGAAGAGGAAAUGGCUCAACAACUCCGAGGCCUUCUCCGCCAUCAUGGCUCUCCUCGCGGAGCACGCCCAGAGGCUGAGGCAGAUGAAGCUGGAGCCCUACCAGAUGCUGGUGAGGGAGGUCCACCGGCAGGUGCUGAUCGAGUACGUCCGGCCGCUGAUGCGAGUGCGGAUCAUCUGCACUUCGUCCAAGAUGAGAGCCAAAGUGGCCCACAGACUCCGGAGCGAGGCCAAGCAGCUGCAGGAGUUCUUCAUUCAGCUGGAAUCCUCCUCCUCCUGGCUGGACUCCGUGGUGCCCCACCUGGCUGGGAUCCUGGAGCUGGAAGACACGCCGGCCAUCCAGAUGGAAGUGGCUUUCCUGGCCAGGGCCUUUCCUGAUGUGCAAAAGAAGCACCUGGCAGCCCUGCUGGACAUUCGGGGCCUGCAGAGCCAAGCCCAGCGGCAGCUCAUCCUGGCGGUGCUGGAGACCCUGGAGCUGACGGGGGCCGAGAGGGACGUCUGCCAAGACCGGGCCUUCUUCUCCGAGAUUCCCACCAGCGAGGUCUUCUGCGUCCGCCUCCAGCUGCAUCGCCUCUCGCACUUUGGGCUCGCCUGCCUCUCCCGGGUGCGCCGGCGACCCCCCCGGCUGCAGCGACAGAGGAGGGGCCCAAGAGAGAAGGGGGCGGAAGCUCAGCUGUGAGCACCUGCUCAGCCCCAACUGGACGUUCUCGGCCUUGAGGUUCUGGCCGGAGGGCUAGCCGGCUCUUUCCAAAGAAGCCAACUUGCCUUAUGAUGCUCACCCCUGCGAGGAGCGCGGCUGCCUGCUGGACAUGACGGCUGAGAGCCGGACGGGCAGCAGCCUCCCUUCCAGCCACUUGGGGGGCUGUGGCGAAAGGCCACUGGUCCAGGCAGGCUGGAUUUAGGGGUGAUUGCCAGGGAGGGGGGAUAGAACAGGCUGGGGGACAAAUCCAUCCGCUCUUAGACCAGGGGAAGGGACCCCCUGGAGGGACCCCCACCCUUAUACCCAACGGGUGGAUCUGAAACCCCGAUGCGCCUCAGCCAAGAAUAUUUCAGGGUUCACCGAGUCUUGCGCCAGGAAGGGCUCCCUGCAAGCUUGGGAGACCGAGGGAAGAAGCAAAGUGAGCUGUGCCCAGAGAGAGACCCAGGAAACAACCCUGAUUCAGCCUUGGAACCACAUCAAACCGGGAUGGGGAACCCGCUGGUGGGGGGGGGGGAGUUGGGAUGCCAAGUGCCGCCUUCCUUGCCCAGAGGAAAGGAGCACACGGGCUCCUCCUCCUCCAGAUCUAGGAGGCUCCGAGUACAUCGAACAGGCCUCUCCAGACUUGGCAACUUUAUGAUGGGUGCAAUUCUCAGAAAUCAAGUCCACAACUCUUAAAGUUGCCAAGUCUGGAGACCCGACAUAGAACAUAGAGCAAUAGGGUUGGAAGGGACCUUGGAGGUCUUCUAGUCCAACCCCCUGCCUAUAGCAGGAGAUCCCAUACCGUAUGGGAACAUCUGCCUACAGAUACAGGGAUGAAACACUCGAUCUAGCAGCAGACCUGGAAUUGGCUCCUUCACCCUGGCCGAGCUGGAGGAUGAAGAACUGUUUGCAUCUCGUCAUAGUUUGGUUUCUGCAACACCCCCACCCCCAUCCUAUCUGAAGUGGGGCCCGAGAGGAAACCAGCAGCACAUCACCACUUCCAGCCCCCAUUGCAAACUAGCUUCACCUCCUCCCUUCCCACCAGCUCGGAGACCCCACUGCCACCUUCCUCGGGCUGGCUCAACUGGGCACUGGGGGGGGGGGCAGAUCCCACCCCACCGUGCUGGAUACCCCAAUUAGUAGCUAUUGCCGUUGGUCUGUUUUCCCUUUUAAAGUUUGGACCUAGGCUGACCUUGGAAAAGAUCCCAUGGAAAGCUGGGCCUCCUACUAGGAUGCGAGACCACCAAGAGACCCCAGGUCUGCAGACUAAGCCCAGGAGGAGGGAAUCGCAGGCCCUUCCAAUAACAAGUUGCGGUCUGUUCUUCCUCUCCUUGAUAGCUGCGCUGUCACCCAUUUUAUUUCUGCCAGCCCUCGAAUGACGAAAAAAUGUUUGCAAUUUCUUUUUGGCCUUGGGCAAAGGCUGGUCUAUUUUCUAAAGCUUUUUGAUAUAUCUUAAUUCAAAAUGUAUAUGCUGCAUAAAGACACUUAACUCCUUUGCCUGCUGGUUUAGUUCUUCCUUGUAUUGAUUAAUGUGCUUAUUUUGUUAUGUAUUUGGAUUUUUAUUUGAAUUUUUAAAUCCGGUGAGUCUAAUAUAUUGUAAAUGCGUAGAUGAAUGGCCUACAAAAUUUAAAAUUAAAGAGCUAAAAUAGUCAUCA